GACUCAAAUGGAUGUUCUGUGGAAAUUAGAAGCGAGUUGGCUGAACCAAAACUCCUAACAGCAAACAAUCCGACUUUGGAAGAAGAUGUUGAAGUUUCUAUCCAAAGUGAAGAUCGAGUUCAAUGCAUUGGACCCACGCAUAGCUUCAUGCAUGGAAUUCUUAGCCCAGUGCAACGCCCGCAAAGCUAAAGAGUCCAACCCCGCCUGCCAACUUCAGGUCAAGCGCCGAACCGACGAUCACCCGCCCCAAAUCACCGUUACUUUCGUCAACGGAGUGGAAGAAGCUUUUGAUGCCACUUCCACUCCUGCUCAAACCAUUAGGACCAUGAUCCUCGAGAAAGGUCAGAUGCUUGAGACUGAGCAAAUGUUCCGUGAAGCAGGCGAGAAGUGGCCCGUUAUUAUACCCGAGGAGGAACUUCACCAAUCCUUUCCUGGAACCAAGCCAAGGAAAGCAGAAGAGAAGAAGCAGUAACGCCAAUCUGUCUGACCAUUUUACUGGAUCUCACUUUGGAAGAUCAUAAAUAUUCCAUUGUAUGAUGAAGCCUGAGAAAGUACCCUAUAUGAACAUUUUGAAAUCUGAUUUGUGGUGCUAGAAUGUGUUUUCUUAAAAUUUUCUUUAUCAACUUCAGUUGAACUAUAACUGUUUGAGCUAAUCUUUAGAAUCCCAUUUGGGGAUUUGAUUUCAACUAUUCAAUGUCAUAAGAAAACUUUGUUUGCUGCA